AUGAACAACUUUACACGAAAGACAACAAAACCCGAUCAAAAACCCAAUCAAAAACCCAUUCGAAAACCUUCAUCACAAAAACAUCGAGAAGAAGAAGAUGAUGAUAAUGACACUGAAGAGAUUCACAUGGAUAAUGAAUCAUUUGAUGAUUUUGUUCCUGGAAGUCCAAUUUAUUCUUCUCGUAUAUCACUAACUCCAACUGUAAAUAAUGCAACAAAAAUAAGAAAUUAUCUCAAGUUAUUUAUGAAAGAUUCUACAAAUUUAUAUAAUGCUCCAAAAUAUAAUAACCUGAUUUAUGUACGUAUCCCAAAUUCAGUAACUGAUUAUAAACAUGGUAACAUGUUUGAUAAAAUUAAAACAGAAAUAAUAUCAUGUUUCGAGAAGGUUAAUAAGACUGAUGACAAUGAUAACGGUGAUAAAAAACUAAAUGAUUUAAUGAAAGUUCUUGAAAAAUAUAAAACUAUUAAAUCUGCAAUUGGAUCAAAUAUUAUUAAUAUAUAUAAUUCAAUUAAAAAUUCAUUAUUUGAUUUCAUCAAAAAAUCAUUUGAUGGAGAUGGAUUAUUUUAUUUAGCUGAUUCGAAUGAAGAGCUUAAUACUAAUAUUAUUAUGGUGUCAAACAUUAUUAUUACACUUCAAAAAAGAAUUAUUAUUAGAGAAGGUAAAUCAGCUGCAUUUGAUGUUGAUAAAUUUUAUGGUAAUCCAGGAAAAAAAGUUCAAAAAACAUAUACAGUUGGAUUAAAAGAUUCAAUUGAUGAUUUUAGUGCACUUGGAAAGACAAGAAGAGAUAAAAAAACUAAUUCAUCAAUCGUUAAAUCACCAAAUGCAUUCAAUCUUCAUUCAUUUAUUUUAUUAAAUAUAUCAUUAAAUGAUUUAAAAAAUUAUAGAUUCUUUGAAGGUAAAAAUAAUGCUGUAGCAAUUGCUCAUAUGAUUAAUGCAAAAGUUAUUCCUAAUUGUAUUGGAAAUAUUUGGGUAUAUGUUAGAGAUUGGCCAGAAGAGAAAGGAAGAUCUGGUAAAUUUAAUAUUGGAAAACAAAAUAUUACAUGGACUGGUGGAAAAUAUCAUCCAGAUCCGUUAAAAGAUGAUACAACAAAAUAUUUAAUAAUUAAUAUUUAA